AUGAAGUGGACUCCUAUUAAAGGUGUGUUCAUUUUUGUCUUUCUUCGAAUUCAAUUAUUUUUAAUUCAGGAAGAAUGAAUAUACUUUUGAGGACAGCGUUGCUGAACGCAUUUCCUACUCCUCUCCCAGUAAGUUAUUUCUUUUUCGCUUGAUAUUCCGUUUUCUAUAGACUUCAGGAACUUCAGUCGAAGAAUAUCUGCAAAAAGCGAGAAAGCAGAAGAGAAGUACACGAAAACGAAGAAGAAGAAAAAUCUCCGUUUUUCUAUGAUAGCCUUCAUUACGGCUAUAUUUCACUGAUUGCCUUCAUGGCUUUACUCGUUGCGUAAACUCAAUUUUUAAUAAAUGUGUCGCACUUUCUUCUGGUUUUUUUUUAGAAAGACAAUUUCAAAAUAUGUCCGGCUUACUGUAGACGUUGACUGCAUACACGGAGCUCGCGAUUUGAACUUGAAACAUCUCGAUUGACGACUUGAAGAUUUUCUAGUACUUUUUCUUCUGGCGAUUUUGGAUGUGUAAUUUUUUCUCUUCUCAGACGUCAUAAGCCGCUUUUGAUGAGCAUCUAGAAAAAUAAUCAAAACGAGUUUUUUUUUGCUCAUAGCGAUCAAAUCGGCAUCACUUCUUCGAAGUCGGACGAAUGAAAGCUCUGUCGAGUUGAGUUUUUUCUUGAACAUUGUUCAAAAUUGAAGCUAUUUUUUAGAUUUUUUUUUAGAUAAAUAAACGAUCUUUGAAUGGGAUGAAGUUGGAGUCGAAGGAUCACGAAACAGAACUGGACAUUUUGGAAACAUACUCAAAAGGAUUUUUGGUAAACGAUUUCUGCGUAGAUAUUUUUCUGUUUUUCGUUUUGUUAUCUGCAUUCACUGUGUUCACAUUGAGUCUAGGAAUUGAAUUCAAGUUACUGAAAAUUUUAUUUUUUAUGUGAAACUUUCGGCGCAAGACUCUAACAUGACAAGAAAUAUAACAGUGGAAACAGAUUUUCGAAACCUUUGUGCGAAUUUUUCAUGUUCCUUUUUUCAACUUCAGGAAACCGUAAAAAACGCUAAAAUUGCUGUAUCACAUAAUUUACCUGACUUGCAAGCCAAGAGAGUGAGUCUCUUUUUAGGAGAAUUUGAUGGAAUUUUGAAAAAAAUUGAAGGGAUUUUUUCUGUACAUGAUAGUGAUGAUUUUUCGUUUUAUUCAAUGAUUUUUGUGCCAUAAAGAAUCAGGAUCUUCAGAACAGAAAAAAAAAAACAGAAAAAAGCGAUAUUUGAAAAGUUUUGACCUCCGUUUGGCGCCUGCUGGGUUAUUGUGUGGAGGGUUCGCGCCGCCGACCCCUUGAUCGAUUCAAAAAAAUCAUGUUUUAUUUUCUUUCUGCGUUUUUUUGUUCGUUUUAAUUGAUAUUUUCUCUGUAUCUCUGAAAUUAAUACUGUAUUGAUUGAUUUUUUACUAGGUUUUAACGAAAUUUCAAUUUUUUGUGUCAAUUUGCGAAAAAUUCCCCUUUUUUUGGAAUUUUCUCGACAAUAAAUGAAAAUUUGUGACCAAAACUGACUUUAGUGAAACGAAUAUUCGUUUUUUUGGAUGUCCUGAGCGGGUUUUCAUUGGUUUUCUACGAUUUUUUUGAACAAUUUUUCCAGAGUAAUAGUCAAAAAAAUUGUUUGAUUAUUUUUUAAGUAAUAUUACAAAAAAAUUAAAGUUCUAAAGUUUUUUUCAUAGAAAUAUUUUUUUGCGAAAAUUUAAUUUUUUUCAAAGCAAUGCUGAAAGUUUUUCGAUUUGUAUAUAGGAACUGUUGGUUUUUUUCAUCAACUCCUGAAAUUAAUACCUGGGCGAAUACAGUUAGUCAUGAGGAUUGUGAAGAAAGUUUGAUUUUUUUUUUUUUGUUUUUCCAAAAUUCUUUUUAUUAUUGAUAGAGAUUCUGCGAAUUAGUUUCAUUGAUUUUAUUGGUGCCAUGAUUUGAUGAAAGCGCACUUUUUCUGAUUGCCUUGAAUAUUUUGAUGGAUUUUUUUGUCCGGAUUGGAAUUAUUAAUUUUUGAGAUUAUUCAAUUCCAGUCCCAGGGAAUGAACUCGUGGUAUUGAAAAAAAGGGAUUUCUGCUUUUAUGAAGAAAAUUUAGUUUUUUCGUUUCUAUAAAGUAUAAAGUCGCGCCUGCUUCAGAGUGAUUUCGGAGUAUUUGCUCAGAAAAUGUGUGACUUCUUGAUCGAUUCUUGAUGAUUAUGAAUAAUUUUCAGAUCGAUGGUGGUGACGUUCCACGACGUCAAGGAUGGUACUUGUCAAGGACGUCGGGGAUGAGACGCUGCUUGGACCGAUGUCUUUCGCUUCAACUUCCAAAUCGACUCGUCUGUUCAACUCCAGCUGUUCGACGGAGCAUCGACAUCGAAUCUUCUCCAGAAAAUGUUCAACACCAGCUUCAAAACCGGUACUCCUAGAAGCACCCUCCUUUCAGCAGUUAACAUAAUCUAUUUCGUUUGCUGUAUCUUCUAAACUUUUGACUCGAAGGUUGUGCCUCGUUCAGAGUGAUUUCGUGGUUUCCACUCGACAAACCUGUGAAAUAGCUAUAUUUUGCAAGGUUUCCCGAGUGGAAAUCCCGGAGUCUGAACGAGGCAUCACUUCGAGGCCAAACUUGUGGUUGCUCGAAAAAAAGAAAGUUUUCGGGGUGUACGAGCCCCUUUGCCACCAACGAACAUAAAUUCUUGAAGAAGCGCGCCAGGAAACGGACGCCACCAGAUCGAUCGUUGGUGACGUCCACACCCGGCGCUGUACUCCAAGAGUCUCUGCAAGUUGGGAGGCAAAUGCUUGGCUGGGAUUCGAACCCGAGUCCCCAGAUCGAGGGACGAGUUGCCUCGCCACUCUACCAAGCCCGCACGAUCGUUCCACGAGCCUCGGCGCCCCAUACCGCCGCUGGUCCCGAGUGUUGGCUUGAGUCGAGAGGCGCCGUUUGA